AAAACCAAGUGGUGAAUGCUACAAAUGUGGCAUAAAAGGACACUGGGCGAAUGAAUGUCGAACGGCAAAACAUUUGGUUAAAUUAUACCAAGCUUCCACAAAAGGAAAAGGGAAAAAUGUGGAAGCUAAUUAUGCUGAUGAUAUCAAUCCAAUUUUGCCUAAAUUUGACGUGUCCGAUUUCUACAUGGAUGAUGCUGAAAUUGCCGCGCACACCUCGUGCUCUGGCCGGUCGUUGAAGCUACUUCGGCGUAUCAAAUUGGUGCUCUCAUCUUCGUUCUCAUGGCUUCAUCCGACACCCCUUCAUCGGCGUUGACUCUCGAAGAUAAUAUGCAUGCUAUCACCGACAUCCGAAAAGAUUUGCACGCCAUUAAGGCGCGGGUCACCGAGCUUUCUGCCGCCAAACCCGACGAGCCAGCAGGGCCCCACCGUCAGCCGUUCACAGGUUGGCGACCACCACCCUCUCGCACAACGGCCAGCAGCGCCGAUCCGGUGCCCCGUAUGCGCAUUGACGCUCCCCGUUUCAACGGCGACGACCCCACGGGCUGGAUCUUCCGUAUCCAGAAAUAUUUUGAUUAUUUUCUCACGCCCGAGCCUGAGCGGCUCCAGCUGGUCGCCAUGUUGAUUGACCACUCGGCAUCUGAUUGGUUUCACUACUAUCAGUCCAACACACACGGCGCAUCUUGGGCAGAUUUUUUGACGGCUUUUGAAUCCUUGCUUGAUAAGGUUUCGGGGGUUCCUGAGGCGACACUGAUCUCCAUGUUUGUGGCCGACUUGAAACAACCGGUUCAGCGGGAGCUUAAUCUUGGCAACCCGACCACUCUCCAGUCCGCCUUUGCUUUGGCACGUGAGCUAUCAGCAUGUCAUCAAGAGGCCGCGGUGACUUUUGGGACCUCACCAUGCCACCCCUGGCCGAAUCGGCCACCACCGUCUUCUGCCGGCAUAUUACCCACUCCACCACCCCAUACUCGUACAGCGCCAGAGCGGACCAAACCGCCGGACCGCCCUUUUCCCGGCAACCUUCCAGUCGUGACCGUCUCUCUGGCAAAAAAAGCGGAACGUAGCAAGAAAGGCCUUUGUUGGUGGUGCGAAGAGAAGUGGGACCGCAUCCAUAAUUGUCGUCGGUGUUUCUUGGCACUCAUGGGCCCUGACAAUGAGGAGGAGAUGUCCCCGACUAGUGAGCCUACACCAGACCUGCCAGAUCCCACAGCCGUCAUCACGGGAGAUGUCUCGAGCAUUCAUUCCAUGUCGGGUAGCCCGAACCCCCGCUCUCUUAAAUUGGCGGGCUCGGUUAAUGGUAAAGCCGUCCAAGUCGUCCUCGACAGUGGCAGCACGCACAAUUUCAUCCAUCCUGGAGUCGUAGAGCGCCUGUCCCUGGUGCUUCACCCCGUUUCACCCUUUCGUGUCUAUGUGGGAGUGCUCAAACCGGACCCAGAAAAGAUUGCCGCGAUGGUCGCAUGGCCGAAGCCCACAUCCGUCACCCAGCUGCGGGCCUUUCUCGGGUUAACUGGCUAUUACCGGCGCUUCAUCUCCGGAUAUGCGGUUCUGGCCUCGCCUUUAACCGACCUCCUCAAGAAGAAUAACUUCUUGUGGGAUGCGAACGCCGACACAAGCUUUGCGGCCUUGAAAACAGCAAUGACCACGACUCUUGUAUUGCGCCUCCCCGACUUCAACCAAGUCUUCUACCUGGAGACCGACGCGUCUAACUCCGGUGUCAGCGCGGUUCUACUACAACACGGACACCCACUGGCUUUCUUUAGUAAAAAGUUGGGGCCUCGCCGCCGUCUCGCAUCCACCUACCAUAAGGAACUAUAUGCUAUUGUUGAGGCGGUGCAAAAAUGGCGUCAUUAUUUGCUCGGCCGCGAAUUCGUGAUUCGGAGUGAUCAACGCAGCCUCAAGGAAAUUCUCCAUCAGGUAGUCCAAACACCAGAUCAACAAUUUUAUAUCCGCAAACUCAUGGGGUACAAGUUUCGCAUUGAGUAUAAAACCGGGGCUGCCAACCGCACCGCCGAUGCCCUCUCCUGCCGGGACGAAGACGCCGAACUAACCACUCUGUUCACCACUUACUCCCGCCCGCUCACAAAUCUACUGGACGCCCUAGCCAUCAGAAAUUCACAGGAUUCCGACCUCCAGCAGUUGCAUGCCGCGGUCACAGCCGGGUCGGCGAAGGCAGACUUCUCCAUGCACAAUGGGCUACUCUAUUAUCACCACCGCCUUGUCCUUAGUUCGGUAUCCCCCUUGCGCCAUCAGUUGCUAGCCGAAUACCACAGCUCCCCAAUGGCUGGACACCAAGGAGUGGAGCGGACGUUCCACCGACUCGCCACCACCUUCUAUUGGCCCGGCAUGCGCAAGGAUGUCCGACAAUUUGUGGCCGCUUGUUUAGACUGCCAAACAACAAAGUAUUCCACGCGGAAGCCCGCGGGCUUGCUACAACCCCUGCCCACGCCCGAUCAGGUCUGGGAAUCAGCUUCAAUGGAUUUCAUCACCGGUCUGCCACCCUCCCGUGGGGCUUCUACUAUUCUUGUCGUGGUGGACCGCCUGACGAAGUACUCCCAUUUUGGUUCCUUACCGGCAGAUUUUGACGCCCCACGCGUCGCCUAGCUUUUCCUCGACAUCGUCGUCAAACACCAUUGCUUUCCUCGCGAUAUUGUAUCCGACCGGGACUCGAUAUUUAUGAGCCUUUUCUGGAAAGAGCUCAUGCGUCUCAGCGGCACGACAUUGAAGUUUAGCACUGCCUAUCAUCCCCAAACCGAUGGCCAGACAAAGGUCGUCAACCGCAGCUUGGAACAAUACCU